AUGACCAGGUUUCCGGAUAGAAUGUUUGCCCUAGGCAACGAACCGGAGAAUAAGAAGGUGAACACCUACUUUCAGCUAACCUAUCUUGACACAAUCAGUUUUGCUCUCGAGGAAGACCAUAUGGAGAAGCUUUCAUUGUCUCAGUUUGGAAAACUGAUGGAAGCAGGUAACAAGAUUGCUUCAUCAGUUAGAUUCCUUCACUUUAUCUUGUCUCGGCAGCUAGUUACGAAGAAAAAAAAAGAGCUUUGGUGUCUAUUCGCUGGCCAGCCAAUCCGUUUUUCUAUUAGGGAGUUUGCUAUUACGAUAGGCCUUGAUUGCUCCAAGUUGCCACCUGCGAAAAAGCUCAAAGAAGACCAGGUCAAUGCCGAGACUAUUGAGUUGUUUGGUUCAGAGAAGAAUGCGACUCCUGGAUGGAUUGCAACAACACUUGCUGGCAGACCAUACAAGGACAAAGAGACUAGAUUUAAGCUAGCUUGCUUACUUCUUAUCGAUGGGAUUGUAUGCCCAACUUCUAGGAAUGCAAAGAUAAGUGCCGAGCACAUUAUGAUGGUGCAGGAUGUUGAUAAAUUUCUGGAAUAUCCAUGGGGUCGCAAAUCUUUUGAUUUGACCAUACACAGCAUCAAAACGAGGACGGCGACGACAUCUUACCUUUGCCAGCCGCCAUGUGCAUUUCAGGGGUUUAUACAUGCAUUACAAAUGGUUAUUUUGGAAUGUGCUCCCGCUAUUCUCAAGAAGGAUCUGAAAGGAAAAUCAAGCGAACCUAAUUUGGUGGAUGAAGAGGAUGAGGACGACGAUACCCCCAGUAUACGUCCUGGUUCAAUGAAACCCGUAAACAUCUCAAUGCCGCAUGUCAAGUCUCUUGACAAGUCUCAGAAGGUGGCUGUGAAAUCAAUUUUGCCGGACGACGAGAAUAUUUUGGAUGAUACCGACUUGGAGCUGGAUGAUGAUGUCCCGGACGAAAGUGUUGACAACUUGAUUGCAACAAUCAACGACAGGGUUAAGUUUUCAAGGAAAACUUGGAUUGGUGGUGAAAACGCAGGCGUUCAUCUAAAGAAUCCUAAGGCACCAUCUUCAUCCUCCCGGAAUACAUCUUCGGACGGGGAGUUCGAUUCUGCUUCGGCUGCGACUAUUGAUAAGGUUCUAGAUGCCAUUUCCAUCAUCGAAUCCGAGAUAAAAAGCCUUCGCGCAGAUUUCGGUGAUCUACGUACCGAAGUUUUACCGCUCUGUCCACUUUUAAGCAACAACACCAGACUUUACCAGGGGCUUCAUCGGUAG